GUCAUCGGCAUCACGUGGAGGACGUCGGAAGCUUUAUCGACAUAAAAAUGAAUAAACCUUUAUCGACAGGUUUUAAAUGAUAACAUGAAACACUUUUGACAACAUGACAACAGCGUCUUCUAAAACCUUUCAAACGUUGGGAAAUCUUCAUUCCGUCUAGCGACCAGUUAGUGUCAACAUCACUUUGCUGAACUUGACAGGUUUUUUUGCGACAUCAACAUGAUGGAAAGUGGCACGAAGAAGGAGACCCGGGUGGACCAGCUCCCUGUACGCCAGCUGGAGGAGGAGGAAGAUGUUUACAGCACGGACAGAUCCGGUUGGUCCAGUUCUUCCUCCUCUUACCGGGAUCCUUGUGAAGAGAGCCCUGAUGACGUGUCUCAACGUUUAAUCAUCCCUGAAAGGAGCCCAGCUGGACCUACAAGAGAUCUGCAGAGGCAGGUGGAAAUUCUGCAGCAACAGCUGACUGAGUCCAGGACUGAGAACAAGCUCCUGAAAGAGGACCUUGAAAUCCAAAGGAUGGAGCUGCAGUACUACCAGGACGAAAACGUCCACCUGAUUAAGCAAGCAGAAGAUGGAGAUCAAAACUUUGAAAAAGUUGCUUGAAGAAACCUCUGGUUGCCGUGACAACUUGGCAAAGCACCUCCAAGAGAGGGGAAAGCGGCUGGACACCACACAGAACAACCUCCAACAGCUGCAUGGGAGCAGCCCAGCAGGAUGGAGAGUCAUCAGGAGUGUUUUAUCUAUGAUCAGCAUUCUAAGAUCAUCAUUUAUUAUAUGAAACAAAUAAAUAAAUAAAUUCUGCCUAAAAUAUC